ACACUAAUUGUCAAGAAUUUUGUCAUCAAAUAAUGCCGACAAUAAAAAAUGAUUACCAAUUGGUUGAAGCAUUGGUUGUAUUUUGUGGCCAAUCUUUUAGUAAUAAAAGUAAUGAUGACCUGUGGCAGUGUUUACUAUCACAAUCAGAUCCAGUGUCGGACAUCAGUCCGACUCACAAAUUAAAUAAAAAUCGUAAUAUAAAUGCAAAUAAAAAGAAAGUUAAAGGCAGUCGACGAAAGACAAGACCAGAGAGGAGACGUCCUUCAAGUGAUCCAAUGAUGAGACUGUGGUCAUCGGCACUCAUGAGUUCUCAUCAAUCAAUGACUGUCUCCCCGUCCUCUCGAAGCAAAUCGCACUAUAGAUUGACUAAAGAUUUUUCAAAAUUAAUGUGUUGUGCAAAAGCCUCAACUAAUACAUGUCGUCAGUUAUGCCAAAAGACAUGGGGCUAUCAUUAUAUGCUAAACUGGGAACAGUUUGAUCGUAUCUGUCGUCACUCGAGUACAGAACCACAUAUGAAUCAGUGUUUAGAUGACACAGAAGGUGUGUGUCAACCGGGAUGUCAGGCACUGGAGUUUUGCCAAACAUUCAACAAUAGACCGGAACAGUUAUAUCGCAAAUGUAGCGCCGAAGCGGACAGUGAGGCAAAAGAUGAUUACGAGACGUGGAUGAGAGGUGCCGUCAAAUACAAUAUCAUUAAUAUUUCGGUCAAAAAUGUGGCCAUUUGUCAAACGGACAUCUGGAAACUCAUUGCUUGUACUAUACAUAUAAAGCCGUGUCUCGAUGACAGUCAUUAUAAUAAUAUAUGCCGAUCUUCGUGUGUCGACAUCAUUAGUGAAUGCAUUGACUCAAAUCAUAGACCAUCAACUCAUCUGUCGGCUCAAUCCAUCUGCAACUUGAUCUCAACAAAUAGUUCCGACAAUUGUAUUGAUAUCCAAACUUUCCUCAAAAUAAAUCAAAUGUCCACUAAUGUAGACAAUCAACAGCAGCCUAGAGAUACACUUAUUAAUCCCUGUAAUCCCAAUACUUGUCUAUCAAAUCAGAUAUGUUUAGUUAAUAAUAAUUGUCGUUUUCGUAAUUGUUUGCCAUUUAAAUGUGUCAGCGCUUGUCAUUUGGGCGAUUCCUCUAAAUUUCGUGUGAUUUCGGGAACAGCAGUAAAACUAUUGAGUCCUAAGGAUGACUGUCACCAUCUGUGCAAAUGUGGAACCAGAGGUCAACUAAUCGAUUGUUACAAAAUAUGUGAUCAUAAAUAUAGAGAUAAUUGUGAAAUAAAUACAAAUAAAAAUGUAACACAUUUGACACAAAUUGCUGUCAAUGAGAGGCAAUGUAUUUGUUUUAAUUCUCGCAUUCAAUGCAAUAAUAGUGCAUAUCAUUUUUAUCAACGAAGGCAAUGUCUACUUAGCUGUCGUCAAGAUUAUUGGCCGGUUUGUGCCAUUAAUGGCCAGACAUUUCCCAACCGGUGUUACGCCCAAUGCAGUGGUUUUACAGAAGAAGAGUACGUUGAGGGUCGAUGUGAUACUACUAUGGAUUGGGUUAAUCGUAGUUCAAAACAAAGGUGUGUCAAGAAAAGUCAUAUAUGUCUGACAGCAGAUCACUGUCCACAAUAUGAAUGUGUAUCGGAACCCAUUGAUUGUGCUAUUUUAGGCUCAAACCCUGUUUGUGAUACCAAUGGUGACACUCAUCCUAAUCUUUGUUGGCUUCUAAAGAAAAAACAAAAAUUUGCUUAUUAUGGCCGAUGUCUGUAUUUUUGUUCACAUUCCGGACCUGUUUGUGCUUUCAAUGGACAGACCUAUCAAUCUGAAUGUACAGCACUUUCCCAUUCAGUUCCGGUCGACUAUUACUCGCACUGUAAUCAUACCUCUGCUUGUGAUGGCAUUCAAUGUUCGCAACAGCCAAUGUGUGUGCAUCCAUAUUAUGAUCACUAUUUAGAUUAUAAUUGUUGUCCAUAUUGUGGAUCAGUUGCUAAACUGAUUUACGAUAAAUACGCCAUCCAUAGGAUUGACGGCAGAUUCAAAGCCAACUACGCGAUGACUGUCGAAGAAGUGGCAAAGCAUUUGUCUUAUUUGAUACGUCUGUUUGGAUGUCAAUCAUAUGUCUAUCUAAGUAUUGAUGACUAUAUUGUAUUUAUGGUAAAACCAGUGGCAAUAGAGCAGUCAUUGACUCAACUGGAACAAUGUCAUCGAGAACUGGUACGUGUAGUCACUCUUAUCAAUAAUCAGUCACCAAUUAUCACUACUCAACUACCACUAUCACUACUGGUUAGAGGAAAGGUAUUACAAUCAUCACAGUAUAUUCAAGUAGAUCUGCCAUCAAAUGUCACACCAAUUAAUUAA